AUGUCUUUUGUAAAUCUUCGACGAGGGAAAAAUUCAACCGGUCCAGUGAAUCAUUCGGGUGGGGAGGCAAUGAGAGAUACCAAUGGAACCCUAUAUAGUUGUUCUCCUGAAGGAAUAUUGGUAUAUAUAGUGGCUAUAAUAGCUAAGGUAAAAACUCAGGUCAAUGGAGGAACUGGCGGUACUGGUACUGGAGCGCAACAACCUACUCCUUGCAUGGAUCAAUUUAAUGCUAAUUUCGCCCAGAGAUGUUUUGAGACACAAAAUGUGAGUUUCCAGGGAGCAUUGAAUCUUUUAACUCAGGGUCAACGAGGGGAAUUGCCAGCAGGAAUAACACAAGAAGAAUUUAAAAGAAGACUUUGUGGUGAUGCCACCUUAGAUUUUAUCAUACCAUGUGCUCUACAACUCAGUAGCUAUUAUAUGAAUCAAACCAGCUGUAGUGAACAAGAACGCCAAUUUAUAGUGGGAACUGCACGUACAUUUAGUGCAGCAUUGACCCCAUUAUGUUUAGCUGAAUGUGAAAUCCAAACUAAUCAGAGAGCAAUGCAGUGUUUUGCCUCUGCGCAAAUUGACCCUAACAGAGCUAUGAAUACCAGUAUGUUAUCAGAUAAAUUUAUCAUACUAGGUAACACUUCCGUUGACAUUCAACGAUUCUGCAGUAACCACGGAACAUUAUUUACCUGUUUAGAAGCUGAAAAAGCGAGAUGUCCUGCGUUUGAGAAAAGAAUGUACGAAGAAGGUGUAGAUUUUACGGCAAUGAAGUUGGCUACAGCUGUACUUUGUCAGAAUCAACAAGUUUAUAUGGCAGCCUUACAAUGUUUUAGCUCUAAUCAACAAGUAUUGCAACCCUGCCAAACCUCUGUCGGACGCCCAGUAGAGGAACUACUAAUUGGUAGAUUAAGUUUAGGAACCGUGGCUCCAUCUCAGAUGGUUGGAAGACUAUGCACUUUAAGAUUUAAAAAUCUGCUGCCUUGUCACCUAAAUGCUUAUAACUCAGUCUGCGCAGCAAAUUUAAUGCAAUUAAGAACUGCGUUUGAAUGUAACAUGAUAGCCGCACCAUGCAAGCAAGAAGCUGGAAUCCAACAAGAUAUUACUCAGAUGUGUCAAGCCAGUCCUCCACCUCACCAAACCAUUACUCAAAAACCGCCAGUUGUCGUGAAGCCCCCAGACACACAAGUUAAUACUUUCGCUAAUAAUCCAACCAACGUGCAGAAUGGUAAUACGAUCCCUGCUGGUACUGGUAAUGUUAUGAGCAACAACAACCCUAACAUGAAUAACAACAAUAAUUUUAAUAAUGGUAAUAAUGGUAAUGGUGGCGCUGCAUUAUCAGUCACCUUCUUAGUAACUUUAUUUGUCAUAUGUAGUGCUUUUUACUUGUAUUAAAUGUUACAGAAUGGUUUUAUUCGAUAUGAUCUAAAUUUUCGACUCAAAGGGAAAUAUUUACAUUGACAGCCAACAAAAGGAAUAGGCUAGCUAUUUCCCUUAUAUUUAUAUAUAAGAUUUCAAAAGCAUUGGUCACAUGCAGUGAUUUCUCAAGCGUUUUCGCCGUCUGUCAAAAGUACAGUAGCAUAUGAUAAAGCCAUCGAAUUAUGAUACUUCAAUUCAAUCAAAUUUUACAGAUUAUUUCUAUAAAUACAAAGUUUGAACUAUCAGCAUCAAAAUAGUAGGCUACUGUAAGUCUGAGAAUGAGGUUUAUAUUUUUUUAUAUAUUUUUCUUUUUUUUUUUUUUUUUACUACGAUCUAAAUUUUCGAAAAAAAGAAGAAAAUUUCCAAAAGAUAUGACUCGAUGUUUAUUAUUUUCAUCAACGCACAGUAAAUAUCUAUACCUGAUGUUAGAAUCACAUAGUAGAAGAUAUCGCCCUUAUUUUGUAAAUUCUGUAAAUAUAUUUGUAAAUAUUUGUAAAUAAAACAUAUAAUCGU